AUGGAAAGAACAAGAUAUGCAUAUGAAAAGUAUCGUGAAGUUAGAAGUCAAAUUACAUCUGGUCGAACCUUUACAGUAAACUUUGACGAAGGAAAGAACAAAGAAGGCUUCAUGGGAGUACUUGCUGCAAUUCAAGACGGAAAUAAGAAAGGACACAAUCUCAGAUUGACCAUAACAGAUUUGGAUGGUCACAUUUACUAUGCACAUGGCAAUGAACAAACAGCUGCAAAACUUCUUGACGCUUUCAAGACUACAAAGAGAGAACAAAUGGUUGACUCCGACUCAGACAUUUUGAAUGCAAUUGAAGGAAUUGCAAGUGUCAAGUUCGAAUGGUACCAACCUAACCCUCAAGCAGUCAGACAACAUGCUGGAUACUUCCCCUUCAUAAAUAAGUCUGACAUUGACUUGACAAGGUAUGGAAUUUACAAUUCAAUUGAAACAAUUGUCAAUGAACCUUGCAUUCUUAUAUGUCUCAGGAACUCUGGUCUUGUUACAGAUGAGAAGAUGAAGUAUCUUGAGUCAUGUGUGAAGACAAGGUACAUUCUCAGAGGUCAAUUGGCAAAAAUUGCACCGUUGGCAAAUGUCAAUAUCCGAGUCAACAUACCUACAGCUAAAGGUUCUUCACAUGACGACUAUGUUGUUGACAAAGACUUACCAUGGUUGAAGAUUGUAAUUGUCCACAACCACUUCAUGUUGAACGAAAGUCUUACAAACCCAUUCUUUGGUAAAAGUAAGUGCAACAUUGUCAGAGCUGUAAACAUUCUUUUCGAGAAAGGUUUGUUGGAACCAAUUCCAGAUGACAAGCUGACAGAAACUUUUGUACCAAAAGACGAAACAAACUUUUCAUUGUUAGCAAGACCAAAAGUUGUUCCAGACAAAGUUCUAGUACAAAAGAAGUACACAGUUCCACAAGGGGUUGGUAUGUUCGGAUACCAACCUGAACCAGAAGAACUUCCAAUGAGGUUGCAAGAACUUCAAGAUGCUAUAAACAAACUUCCAUUGAGACAUCCAAUUGACGUCAAAUUGUAUUGGAGAGCAUCUGAGUUAGGUCAGAAGGUUUUAUAUGAAACAGGUUGCUUCGACGAUGUUUAUGAGAUAACAGGAGAAGUUUCUCAGAAGAUAAGAGACUCACUUGA